AUGGGCUCGCAAGAGAAGAGAUCACUCAGCAUCAACGAGUAUCCUUCAAGUCAACGGAAACAAUGUCUCGAGUUCCCGCCCUUUCACCAACGAACCCUCAUGCAGAACUCAUGGAAUGCUCACGACCCACAAGGACGAAUAAAGAUAAUGUUGUCGGAACAGUUGAUCACGAAGACGGCCAGUCUUGGAGAGGUAGACCUCGGCGCGACCAACGACAUUGUUUGCUUCUCAUUCCAGCAUGCUCCAAAAGAUGUCUUAGAACAGGCGGGCAUCUCGUGGCCCAUCCGAAACCCUCUAUACCUUCCCAAUGCGCUCGAGCGAGCCACGCAUCUGUCACACAUAUCCCCGACAAACUCUCGGACACCCAAGGCCCGGCCCUUCCCAGGCGACAUCAACAUGCAGUCGCCAAUCUCGCAGCCAUCGGCAUCCGCCUUUGCCAGAUCGCAGAUUCCCUUACCCAAUCGACGCUCUAAUGCGCAUCUGCCCCCUAUCUCACAAUUCGCAAAGCCGCUUCCGGGUUUUAGAAACAACGGUCGCCCGGGCAUAUGGGAUGAUAAUCUCAACUCGCUUGUAGAUUCUGCCGAUGACAUUAGCAUGGAUACAUGGUCAACAAGAAGGACGUCGGGCUCGACCAGCGACAUGGCCAUGCCUGACUACAUGUAUGCUUCUUCAAAUCUGUCACGGAAAAGUCAACCAUGGAUGCCUGACAGGUCCCAAUACGAUCAAGGCAUGAGUACAGAGUGGGAAGACCACCCGCCGAGGAAGGACAAAGAGAAACAGCUCGUUGUCACCCUUCGAGAUGACCAGCUAGGGCAGAUCAUCCAAGCCAUGAGUCCACCAAAGCAGAAUCGUGAGCUACUGCACGGAUCGGGCAAUCAACGCCAUGAGAAUACUGGUCGCCUACCGACUGCCUACAACUACUGUCCCCCAAAGUCAGACAUCAAUCCACCUAUCAACCGCCCGUCGUCGGCGGCCAUGGCGCGCAAGCCAUCAUACUCGGACUUCAACAAUGCCCUACGGAACGCAUCGAAUAAGCAGUCACCAAUGGAGAUCAUCGAUGUGGACGCCAUCGACCCCCAUUUAAACACCAAUGCUUCCUUCGAGAGCAAUAAGCUGUCUCCAUUCAAGCCCUGCCACAAGACUGGAGUAUCACUGUCAAGUAUCGACAGUACCGGUCGUCUGGAGAGACAGCUCUACAGUGCCCUUGGUGAAGAACUAGGCAGCUUUGAACACCAUAUCGACACCACAGGCAUGGGACCUGAGCUUGCACAAGCACUCGGUGGUGUCGCAGCACACUCCGAUCUCAGCGGCUCCGGCAUGCUGAACCCAAACGCUCACGAAUUUGAGCCAACAAUCAAGCGGAAGAGGCAGAGUACUUUGGGUGGCAGUCGGGAGAGAAGUCCGAUGACCAAGAAAGAGAAGGCUGACUUGCGAGCUGGCGACGACCAGGAGGAAGUGAUGGUGUGCAUGAGGGGGGAUUGA